GAUCUAUGUAUACGAUCGAGAAUUGUAAUUUGAUGAUUUAAUAAUUAAUUUGGCCAUAAUUGGCAACUUAUAUAGAUUUUAGAAUUUGCUUUUUGUUUUGUCUUUUUUUAAAACAAAUAAAAAUUGUAUUUAACUUAUAUGCAGGAUUAAUAACAAUCACUUAUAAAUUAUUAACAUUGUAUGCUUAUUUUUUUUUCUUUCUUGCCACAGCCUAGUAAGACUAUUAAUAGUGCAAGCAAAUUCUCCAAAACCAAAACUUAAUGAAUAUAUUUAUUAACCACCAAGCUAUAAUAAAAUCUAUCCAUUUUCUGCUUAAAACUGUAAUGUCGUUUAAACUUUUAUUUUAUAUUUCUCUGGACUGUCCCACAUAGAGGCACGCUGGACUUAUUGUAGAUCCUGUCAGAGCCAGGCCGAGCUCAUAUUAUUUAAAGCUGUAGUCUACCAUCCCUGAUCCUGUUAUUACGUCAGUGUUUAGUCGAGCGGUGUACUGCAUCAUCAUGACUUACUGUACAUGUGAUAAAUAGGUCUUUCUAAUCUGUCAGACUCUGAUUUUUGUGCCACACAUCAUCCAGAGUAGAGACUUAGGCAUAGCAGCAUCUAUUGGCAACCUCUGCUACUGUGUUGCAUGUCCCUCUUUGACAAAAAAAAAAAAAAAAAAAGCAGCAGGAUGUGUCCUUGUAAAUCAUACAGACUGGGAUUUACUCCCCCUUCGUUUUUUGUAAUUUAUGCGUCACUCUGACAAAGGGGAGAAAGGGGGGUUGCCUCCAAACCCUCGGCUUUAUGUUCCCUCCAGAUCAAUGGAGAUAUUCCCUCUCUUUCUUCUCUGUAUCUUUGGCUCUCGUUCUCCCCCCCGUCCAUCACUUUCUCUCACCCACAUCUGCUCAGCAGCCAAUCCAUCUAAUGCAGUUUCCCCCCCGCUCCACUCAUUUGUGCCACCUCCCCACCCACCCACCGCCCCGCUCCCGCUGCACAGGUGAUGUCAUUCUUUUUCAGCUGGAUUCCCCUCCCUUGUUCUCUCUCUCCCACUCUUUCCAUUAGCGGCCGGUCCUCCGCCGUGCAGCAUCAGUCCGCCGAAGCUUCUCUGUAAGAGUGGGAGGGGGGGAGGAGGAAUGCCGGCGCGAGGUGCGAGCGCUAACUGGUGACGAAAAGCUUACAGGCAGGAUACAGGAGUCGGAUCUUUGGACCCAGAGCCUCACCACUGGGCAUGCUCGCUGGAGCUCUGUAGAGAUGAGAAGAGUUGCAGAAAAGAUUGAGGCAGGAGUUUGACAGACAGCGACUGAGGAGGAGAGAACUGCAGGCUUGGUUUGGGAAGCAUCAAGAGGACGAGGAUGAGAGGCUUCUUCUCCUGAGGCUGCAGAUGCAUUGACAAGCCCCUCUUUUUAUGCAGCAUUGUCUCAUCUUUUAUGGAGAUAUCUUCUACUCCUUGAGGAAGUAAAGUGGAUCUACAGAGAGGAUUUGAUGUGCUUUCGUUACCCACAAGAUCAGCUCAACUUACAACUUUAUCUCUUAGCCUCCUUGUCUGGAUUUUUUUUUACUAAAUUUCUUGACUCUGGGAGUGUUUUAAGCUUCCCUGCUGCAGUUCUCUUAAAUGUUUCAUUGGACGCCACAGCUCCGUAAAAAAAUGGUUUCUAGACUUUUUUUCUCACAAAAAAUGAACGUCACACAGCUUAUUUAAGCUCUUUUAUCUCAAAAUCCACAAAGAUUUUUUUCAGGACAAUUUUGGCAACUAAAAGUGGCAUCAACCCUUGCUUCAUUAUUUCUUUACCUUUUUUUUUUUGAUCAUCUUCUUGCCGAACGGGGGGAAACUUCCCCUCGCUGGCGCCUUCCCUGCUGUGGAAAUGGCUUUCCUGGUCCGUUGCUAUGCCAACUGCUUGCAGCCGUGGUCCUCCAAACUUCCUGCUGACCUCAGUAAGAUGCACCUGACAGACCACGCCCACCAGCAGGCAAUGCACAUGGCUCCCAGCCAAUCAGGAUGCAGCAUCGCCAGUGAUUCAGGGAGCAGCAGUCUAUCAGAUAUUUAUCAGGCCACUGAAAGUGAGCUGGGCGAUGUUGACCUGUCUGGACUUCCGGAGGCGGCUGUAGACAGCGAGGAAGAGGAGGAGGAAGAUGAAGAUCUGGAGAGGGCCUCGGACGCUCUCCUUGGGCGAGAUGUGGUCCGAGAAUGUCUGGAAAAAGAUCCGGCUGACCGGCACGAUGACGACAUUGAGCAACUGCUGGAGUUCAUGCACCAGCUGCCGGCGUUCGCCAACAUGACCAUGUCUGUCCGGAGGGAGCUGUGCAGGGUCAUGGUCUUUGAGGUGGUGGAGCAGGCUGGUCAUGUCAUACUGCGCGACAAACAAGAGCUCGACCACUGGCGUGUCAUCCUAAAUGGAGCGGUGGAGAUAAGCUACCCAGAUGGAAGAGAAGAAACUCUCUGCAUGGGAAACAGCUUCGGCAUCUCUCCAUCGCUGGAAAAACAGUACAUGCGUGGAGAGGUUCGCACCAAGGGCGAUGACUGCCAGUUCGUCUGCAUCGCUCAGGAGGACUACUGGCGUAUCCUCAACCAUGUGGAGAAGAACACGCACAAGGUGGAGGAGGAGGGGGAGAUUGUGAUGGUGAAGGAGCACCGAGAGCUCGACCGCAGUGGGACCAGGAAAGGACACAUCGUGAUCAAGGGAACCCCAGAGCGUCUGAUCAUGCAUCUGGUGGAGGAACCAUCUGUCGUGGACCCUACCUACAUUGAGGACUUCUUGCUGACCUACAGAACCUUUCUUUCAAGCCCUAUGGAGGUUGGAAAGAAACUUCUAGAGUGGUUACAGAGGGACAAUCUUCAGGACACAGUAACCAGAAUCGUCCUGCUGUGGGUCAACAACCACUUCAAUGACUUUGAGGGGGACCCAGCUAUGACACGCUUUCUAGAGGAGUUUGAGAAACACCUAGAAGCUACAAAAAUGAAGGGCCAUUUGAGGCUGCUAAACAUUGCCUGUGCAGCCAAGGCGAAGCUGAGACAGAUCACUCUGCAGAAGGCGUCCCGGGAGUCGCCUCUCUACUUUAACCUGCUGGGAGGCAGCGAGAGAGGAUUUGGCAUCUUUGUGGAGACGGUGGAGGAAGGAAGCAAGGCUGCAGAGGCUGGGCUCAAACGAGGAGAUCAGAUCAUGGAGAUCAAUGGACAGAGCUUCGAGAACAUAUCCUUGUCCAAGGCUUUAGACAUCCUGAAAAACAACACACACCUGUCUCUUACUGUCAAAACCAAUAUAUUUGUUUUCAAAGAGCUCCAUAGUCGGAUCCUGCAUGAGAAGAAGAAUGGCGGCCCUCAUAUUCCAAAAAUUCAGGAGAAGAAAGGCAACCGCUUGUCCAUCCCUGACCUUCCAGGAGACAUGGAGUUUCCCACGGACCACAAGGCCACUCGCAAAAUGAAGGCCAACACUGUGUCAGGAGGACGGAACCGGAUCAGGAAGAUGCUGGAGAAAACUCGCUUCAGUAUACUCCCACCCAAACCUUUCAAUGAUGGUGGCAUUGGUCAGUCUCAGGAUGACAGCAUGGUGGGGACCAAGCAGUGUCGCCACAGCGUGGUCAUGAUGCCAAUUCCAAGCAACCUCUCGUCCAGCAGCCCUGACCUCCUGCAGCCGGCGUCCAACGUCCUCGACUUCUCCAACCCUGCAGCUUUGGGACUUUAUUACAUCCCAGACCAGGUAAUUCGCGUGUUCAAGGCAGAUCAGCAGAGCUGCUACAUCAUCAUCAGCAAGGACACCACUGCCAAGGAUGUUGUCGCCCACGCCGUCAAUGAGUUCGGCUUGUCCGCGGCCCCCGAAAGCUAUUCCUUAUGCGAGGUGUCCGUCAGUCCGGAGGGAGUAACCAAACAACGACGUCUACCAGACCAACUCUCCAAACUAGCCGAUCGGAUUCAGCUCAACGGCAGGUACUAUCUGAAGAACAACAUGGACACGGAGACGUUAUGUUCAGACGAGGAUGCCCAGGAUCUUCUCAGAGAGAGUCAGAUCUCCCUGCUGCAGCUCAGCACCAUGGAGGUCGCUGCCCAGCUUUCCAUGAGAGACUUUGAGCUCUUCAGGAACAUUGAGCCCACAGAGUAUGUGGAUGACCUCUUUAAGUUGGACUCCCCUCUGAGUCGUGGGAACCUGAAGCGCUUUGAGGAAGUGAUGAACCAGGAAACCUUCUGGGUCGCCACAGAGAUUCUAAGAGAGCCCAACUCCAUGAAGAGGAUGAAGACCAUCAAGCACUUCAUUAAGAUCGCUCUGCACUGCAAAGAGUGCAAGAACUUCAACUCCAUGUUUGCCAUCAUCAGCGGGCUGGACCUGCCGCCAGUGGCUCGGCUGCGGAGCUCUUGGGAGAAACUGCCCAGUAAAUAUGCAAAGCUCUUCGGGGACCUGCAGGAUGUCUUCGACCCGUCCAGGAACAUGGCCAAGUACCGCAACGUUCUGAGCAGCCAGAGCAUGCAGCCGCCCAUCAUCCCACUGUUCCCAGUGAUUAAGAAGGACCUCACUUUUUUUCAUGAAGGCAAUGACUCCAGCGUCGAUGGCCUUGUGAACUUUGAGAAGCUGAGAAUGAUCGCAAAGGAGAUCAGACACGUGGUGCGCAUGACCUCGGCAAACAUGGACCCCGCCCUCAUGUUCAGACAGAGGAAGAAGAGGUGGAAGAGUUUAGGGUCUCUGAGUCAAGGCAGCACCAACUCCAAUAUGUUGGAUGUGCAGGGCGGAGCACACAAGAAGCGAGUGCGCCGCAGUUCGCUUCUGAAUGCCAAGAAACUGUAUGAAGAUGCUCAGAUGGCCAGAAAGGUGAAGCAGUACCUUUCCAACCUCACCGUUGAGACGGAUGAGGAGAAACACCAAAUCAUGUCAUUGCAGUGCGAGCCGUCGUACAACACCUUGAGUAAGAACUUGAACGAGAGGCGUCCCACUAAGUCGAACAUGUCUCCGGUGUCUCUUCGGUCAGCUCUGCAGUCUGGGAAAACUCAGAACAGAGUGUCCCAAGUCCUUCAGGUCCAAGUUCCAUUGAACCCUCUACGGAAGAAGAGCCUCGCUAAAGACAAUGGUACACCCACCUCCAGCUCUCCUCAGGUGGUAAAGAAACCUCCAGUGAACUCAGACGACUGGAUUACAAAAAGGCCGUCAGACGACACCAUCUCCAACAUCUCAUCUCUUCACUCCAGCCCCUCCUUGUCUUGUCAGAAUUCACCACUAAAAGCUGGAUUGGCAAAGUCCCAGAACUCCAGUCAGAUGAACCUAUCAGGAUCUUCAUCGUCGCUGACGAGUGACGCCAGCACAAAGACCGGCACCGUCAGCCUGCGAAGCUUCGGAAUAGGCUACUCCCUCCUUCCACCUGGAAAAGCGGACAACCUAUCAGACUCGAGUCACAGUGAGAUCUCCUCGCGCUCGAGCAUCUGCUCUGUGGACUCUGUGCCGGCCCCCGGGCCCGACGAGCGAUGCAGCAGAACCUGCACGGGAACUUCCACCACCGCUCCAUUGACUACGACAGGUGCAGCUGUUGCUGAGAGCUCAGCGGCGUCGCAUCCACACAUAAAUGCAGACUACAGUCAGCCCAGCACAAGUAGUUCUUCGUCACUAGCACGAGGACACGCACCACGAGCUUGUAACUUCACCCCUUCCCUCUCUACGGAGGAGCUAACGCCAGACCUCACCUCCCUGGACUCGGUAGCAGACAGCGGCCGAGGCAGCUGGACGUCCUGCUCCUCCAACUCCCACGAAUCCUUCCAGAGCUACCCCACCUCCUCCUGCCGGCCCUGGGACCACGGCAUCUAUGGCCACCCGCUCUCUCUACCGCACACGCACUUGGGCAGCUUCAAGCACCCCGCCAGGCCGGCGGCAGAGACGGAGGCCGCCAGGCCCGCGUGGGCCGGCGAAGACCCAAAGCAGAACUCUAGAGACUCCGGCUCAGAUCAGUCCGCUCCGCACAGCUGGGCGUCCUCCAGCUCCAUAUCGGACAACUAUGAGGGGAAUUAUGGGACAGUAAAGAGGCGAAUCCCGGAGCACCCCUCCUCACCUGCCAACGAGGAAGGAGCGCAAAGCACAGACUCCGCCUACAAAACGGUGACAUCAAGCACAGAAAAAGGCCUGAUAGUGUACUGUGUCACCUCCCCCACAAAGGAUGAGCGUUACCGAGCUCCCCCUCCCACCCCUCCAGGCUACCAGGGUCUGGCUUUGGGGGAUCUGGGCCUCACCGACGGAGUUGUGGGAGGGCCGGGAGGUCUGGUCCCCCGGCCUCCUCACCUCAAACCUCCAGACUACAGCGUGGCUGUGCAGAGGAGCAGACUCCUGCAGAGCCCCGGAGCCGCUGACGGUCUGGCGGAGGCACGAAGGGUUCAGCUCCAGCACCAAGACUCCCGGACCUCCCUCUCCAAACAGCACCUCCACAGACCGCCCAGCAGCUGCUGCCCGACCCAAGAUCUGGCUGAUAGUGAGGACGACGAACAAGUUUCAGCGGUCUAGACACGGAUGUGACUGUCAUACCUGGACCAAGUCACCCCCACCCACCAGGCAUUGGACUAAACACGAUGCCUGUCACGGUCGCACAUCAGAGCACAGUUUUCAGGCCCCGCCCACAAACCAGCGGACCUCCCUGCCUCCCAGGAUCCUUUUUAGGCUCAUUUUUCAAUCAAAGAUUUUCAAAAAAAUAAGGAAACUUUUGCAAAAUGUGAGAAAAUUAGAUUUAAUCUGACAAAAGAAGGAAAAGAGUGAUAGUAAUCAAGCAUGUACCUCCAUUUCUACAUAUGAAGCUCACCUGUCAGAAAAGGUUUCAUAGUCUUUUUACAUUUUAAAUGGAAACCCCGUGAAUUUUCCCAUCUUUUUUAUCUAAUCUGUGAGGGUUUUUUCUAAUAAAAACAGCAGAAAAUCUGCUUUUAAAGUAUCGAUUUUUUUCUUGGCAUAAAAUAAGACGAAUGUAAGCAACUGGAGGAGGAAAUGCCUCAGUUGUAGGUUGCAACUUCCAGGAAAAUGCAUAAAUACAAAGUGGAUAUGAAGUCACAAAGCCCUCUGGAGCCACAAAAAGUCUUUUUAAUCCCUUUUUAUGUAGUGAAUAGAAAGAAAUGUCCCCCCUGAAGAAAUGGAAGGCGCUCCUGCGUCUUUUUAGCACUUACUUUGCUUUGCUUACCUUGACAGAAAAACGACAAACGGCGUCUCUCGGGCAGUUUCCGCCUGUCGUGUGAGCUACUUUAGCGGCAUGCUGCCUCCUAUAAAAUCUGUAUAAUAACUUGUUUUUAAUGAGCUGAAGAACAAAUGCCUCACUGCUGCCCCACAGAGUCAAACGCGUGCGGUUAUUUUAUUGCAGCAGCUGUAAUAAAUGAUAAAUUAGCACUGUGUGGUGGCGCCAUGUGCAUGCACAUACACCAAAACGUUAGCCGCUGUGCAAAAAAGUCAGAACAGUGUUUACGCCAAUGCUUACACGUUUUUGUUUACAGUGUUUAUUAGACUAGUAGUUUGUAGAAUUACAAGCCUGCAAGUGUCGUGGUAAAUUUCAGGAAUAUGCAGAUGCAGCAGUCACCUCUCAUGUCCAUUUGUGCUUCCUGUUUGACAAUGCAGCAACUGACGUCCGGCCUGCAUCUCCAUUCAAAUAUUUUAUCAAUUUUUAAAAAAAAGAUUUGUGCGUUCAGGUAGAAAAGAUUUCCCUGUUUGUGUUUUAAUUUGGGACAAACUGGAAUCAUGUGAUCUUCCCUUCUGCUCUCCUGUUUUUUUUUUUUGUCACACACAGACUUGAAAUAAUUGAUGCUAAUAUAUAUAUAUACUUGGCAUGUAAAUGAAUUUAUACAUAUAUUUUUGCUGUUUUCUGCCAUAAAUUAAUGCUAAAUGAUUAUCUGUAGAUGAGAGAAGGUAGUCCUCUGUAAAGGCUAUUUUUUUGAAUAUUUUGUUACAAGCUAAAGAAAUAUAUAUCCAAGGUUGUGAUUGCCCUGUGACUGGUGUGGGGCAGGAGUCUUUCCAGAAAUUUGUGUUAGUUUUUGUCAUUUUUUGAAUGACGCGUUUUUGGCUCUCGCUCUCCUAUUAUUUCUGCUGUUCAUGUGUUUUUGGUGCUGUUUGUGGUGUGAUUCUGGUGACUUUUAUGAAAAAUCUUCAAAUUCAGUUAUUUUUCUAGGAUUUAUUGGCAGAUUUCCUCUUUAGCUAGCAGAAAGUGGAUCAUCCAGGAUGACUUGAAGGAGUUUUUAAGGCCAUCCUGCCUGCUUUGGUUCCCUUUUUAUUCCUCUUUUGUCAACUCAGCUCACAUUAGAAUGAAACCCCGCCCUUUUCGUUAUGUUUUUUGCCCCUCGGGCUUCUGGAUUUUUGUCGACUCAUCAGCUUCUACUUUGACCUUUACCUCAUCUUUUUCUUCUUGCCAGUGAAAUCCUAAAAACUGACUCAGACAGUGACGAGAAACUGAUUUUGCACAACUCUCUUCUUUAUUUUGUCGGUGAUAAAUCAGUAUUAAAACAUUGCGUUUAGUGUUUUUUUUUCUUUCUUUACCUGCAUAAAAUCUUGAAUUUGCAGCAAAAAAAUCUAUUUUUUGUUUAAAUUUUGAGAUAAAACUCCAAAUCCCCUACAAGUUAUAGUUUAUUUACUCCUCACACUUUUAUUACUUUGUUUUAUCCUCCUUCAAAGCUUUUCUUUUGUUUACUGAAUACAGCCAAGAACAACGUGUUUCCAGGAACGACCUCUCUCGUCCAAAAAUGUGCCGCCCCUUUUGGUCUGGUUGUUUCUGGCCUCUCCUCCUCCUCUUCCUCCUCUCCUGACAGGUUUCCUGGAAUGCAAUAAGAGAGAUAUGAAUGUGUUUUUGUGUAGAUAUUUCUUUUGGCAUUACAGCAGAAAUGCACAACAAUAAGCUUAAAUGUGGUGAGUGAGCUGCACAAUCUGUACAAAGAGGUAUUAACUCAGUCUGUGGCUUCAAGUUUGCUUUUGUCUCACACAUGUAGCUGUUGUAACUUAUGUCUUUUAGAAAGACAACAUGAUUUUGCCCGUACGCUUUUUAUGUAUUUUUUACAAGUGAUUGUAAAUAGUUGUUAUAUUUUGUUUAAGAGAAUGUUUAAAAAAAAGGAAUGAAUACCUUUUAUUUCUCUGAGUCUACUGAUAUGAAUUUAGACAAUGAAUAAAAACAUCAAACGGUA